AUGGAUGUUGUGCAAUUAAUAAAUAGUGUAUAUCACAGAAGGGCUAUAUGGGAUCAGAGUCAUCCAGAUCAUCGCAACCGAUACGUGCUAGAUAAGUUAUGGGAGGAGGUAGCCAAUGAAUGCAAUAAUCAGUCGGUUAAGAAAGUUUCUGAGAAGUGGAAAAAUCUACGUGAUUAUUUCAGAAAAGAACUGAAGAAAAUACCUCUGCCCCGGUCUGGUGAUCCAGGCGAAGAGGCUCUUAAAAAGAGCUCCUGGCCUCAUUUCAAAAGUUUAUUGUUUCUGAGAGACCAGUUUCUGCCGAGAUCCAGUCAUAGCAACCUGUUGGAUCCCGACAAUGACACACAAGUUUCGACACCCUCUACGCAGAUGGAUGAAAAUGAUGGUGACUAUGACGAAGACGAAAUGGACGAAACGCAGGGUGUAGAAACGCAGGAAACAGAACCCGACCACACAGAAUCAGUCACUCCAAUUCAAAGCACACCAAAAGAACCACGAACUAUUCUAAAGAAUAGGGCCCGAAAACGGUCAAAUCAACUUGACGCUUUUCUUGAGAUAGAGAAGAAAAAACUACAAUAUUUAGAUGAGAAACGUGUCGCUGCAGACCGUGGCAGAGCCCUACCAGUCACAGAUGACGAUAAACUGUUUUUUGAUAGCCUUUUGCCCCACGUGGUGAAAAUUAGGCCUCAUCGAAAACUUCAGUUCCGCAAUGAAAUUCAAAAUUUGGUUCAGAAGUAUGCCUAUGAAGAGUACUCGAACAAUCAGUCCACCAUCAAUGUCAGUCAUUCUGUUAAUCAUAGCCCGACAUAUACAUCUCAACCACAAACAUCGUUUGCACAUUCAUCCCAUUUGUUGCAGGGGUUUAAUUACGCAGAUCAGUAA